AUGUAUAAUAUCGACCAAAGCAUGACUAAUUCCGCCAGGUGGCGGUCUAUUUCAACAUGGCUGCACCUUUUUCAAACCCGUCUCAGUUGUUGCCAUUAGAGUUGGUUGACAAGUGUAUUGGGUCCAGGAUUCACAUCAUCAUGAAGAAUGACAAGGAGAUUGUUGGAGUGUUGCUGGGCUUUGAUGACUAUGUCAACAUGGUUCUCGAGGAUGUCACAGAAUUUGAGAGUACACCAGAAGGACGUCGGGUGACCCGUCUGGACAAACUGCUCCUCAAUGGGAACAACAUUACAAUGCUUGUGCCUGGAGGCGAGGGACCAGAGAUGACCUAGGUCACCCGAACAGGUUGAACACACUUCAGAGCAGUUGUCUGUCUUAAACUGUCAGUAACAUGCUGACAUUAUGUCCACGAAUGAUUGACACUGACAAGGAAAGCGGUGCGUCACAGUGUUCACAGUCUGCAUAUGCUCUGUGGGUUCACUCAAUAAUUCUCAGAACAAAAGCUGAGAGAGAUUAGUUAUAUGCCGCUUUUAUCAAUAUUCCGGAAAUAUCACGGCAGGGGACUCUGAGAAGUAUCACUCAGUGUGACAAUUUAUGUUUUUCAUAUUUUCUUUUGAAAAGAGGUAUGUUUUGUUUAAUAUUAACACAUAAUGGUAAUUUUUGUAUAAUUUAUUAAUACAGUGAAUCAUCAUUAACUCCAAAUGCUUCAGCUGAACAUUUGCCUGUUGUGGUUUGACAUUAGGACUUGCCUUGACUGCAGGGACCCUCGUAGGUUUCAUUGGUACCCAGGUAUUACUUUCUCAUCUGUACAUGAUGGACUGAUUCAUCUUUGUAAAUACUUCAUGACACAUCACAAUAAAAUGUCUUGUGUACCAUC